AUGACCCAGGGCUUCACCGUGAAGGCGAGAGAAAACGCCGUGUCCUCGUCCCAGGUGUUGGGCCCCCCGUCGGCGGGCGCGUUCCGCGAGCGCCCCUCCAAGCCGACGGCGUUUCGCAAGUUUUACGAGCGGGGAGACUUCCCCAUCGCCCUGGAGCACGACACCAAGGGCAACCGCAUCGCGUGGAAGGUGGAGAUUGAGAAGUGGACUACCACCACUACCCUGCCGCUCUUCUUCGAGCGCCUCUGCGAGACGGCGCACCCCUACGAUUUCUUUGCGCCAGGUGUGCACGACCUCCUGGAGCACGGCGCCGCCAAGGUCCUCCCCGUCAUCCCGCAACUCAUCAUCCCCGUCAAGAAUGCGCUGAACACGCGCAACACGCAGGUGAUGUGCACGUCGCUCAAGGUGCUGCAGCACCUGGUGCUGUCGGCCGACAUGGUGGGUGAGGCGCUGGUGCCCUACUACCGCCAGAUUUUGCCCAUCCUCAACAUCUUCAAGAACAAGAACCGGAACUCUGGCGACGAGAUCGACUACAGCCAGCAGAAGCGCGAGAACGUGGGCGAGCUGAUCGAGGAGACGCUGGAGACGCUGGAGCGCCACGGCGGCGAGGAUGCCUUCAUCAACAUCAAGUACAUGGUGCCCACCUACGAGUCCUGCCUGCUCAACUAGCCGGGACCCCAACCCAACCAGCCGGGCCUCUCCCCCCCCCCCCCUCAACCAGUCGCCCCCCCCACCCCCCCCUCAACCAGUCGCCCCCCCCCCCCACCCCCCCCUCAACGAGCCCGGCCCCCCACUCAACUACCCGGGCCCCCCACUCAGCUUGCCCAGCCUCCCGCGACUGGCCCAACCCCCUCUCCCGCCGCUCUACUGAGAUGGUUUAAAUAAAGUUUUUCAAUCAGUGUGAGUCAUGUCCACCGACGUGUGCGAGCGUGAGGAGCAGUGGCGCUAUGGUUAGCACUGCAUUGCGCCACGAACCCGGCCACCCGAGUUCGAUUCCCGUUCACGGCCACCAACACCAGUGACGAAUAUCUGAACCGGUGCAGGGCAUCCCCUGGGUUGACUCAGCCUUAAACUUUGGGUAGGCAAAGGCGGCCGGGCGCGGUGCUUUCCACCCACCCCCUCGUGUGGCGUGCCGGCCUUCAUAGGUGUUACUGACUCACAGCACUUGCCCCUACGGUCUGUUGAAGGCUAUACGGGGGAUCUUUGUCAUAUUCGCACACACUCUUCCCCCCCACCUCCAGCAGAGAGACAAUGCACGCAGCUUUAACUCUCCAGCUGUAGCGAGUGCUGCUGCCCUCGGGCCGUUCCACCGGGGGUCGGAAUAGAACGCGCCCGCCAGAGGACGUCCACUGGGGAGAUGGAGCGGUCCAUGAGAUUGGCUCCUAGACGGAUCGUUCCACGGCGUGGCCUUACGGAGAUGAUACAGGCGGCUUAGGAGGGGGGGUGGGAGUCCUUUAUCGGGCAGUGGAUAGUUCAUGGCUGGUGAUGAUGAACCUGGUUUGAACUUAAAUGUUCUCGGCUUGUGACUCAGCACUGUGGACCAGGCGGCGAGGGUUGGUGGAUCACACGCAGAUGCCGUGAAACUUCCUUCCAUGGGUGUCGAGGAGGAGCCUCACCCUCCUGGCUCGCCAGGAGAAGGUGGUAAUAGCAAAACAUGUUGACUCCAUCUGUUCCAUCUGUACGGGAUGGAGCCAACGUAGCCAACCGAUUAACAGGGUCGGGUGUGUACGGUGAGAAAGAAGUUGGAAGUUCAAGGGGUAAAGUGCUUAGCCAAUCUUCUUGGUUCUUUCGGUAAAGUCACGUAGAAGGGAAGUAAUAAAAUAAUAAAAAUAAAACAUAAUAAAACAAUUCUCACGACGUUUCGGCCACAACGCAAGCAGCCGUCCUCAGGUGAAAACCAGGUCCGUCGAGGCGACAGAGUCUGAAUGAAACAGCACACGGGCUUGGAGCAUAUAUAUAAGCUGGGCGCAUUGACAA